AUCUGAGUUAGUGCUUUAGGGCUAGUAAAACUAAUAUUUAAAUUAGUGCUGCCCACCACUGCUGAAAACACAACAGCCCCAGUUUGAACCGGAGCUCUGCUGUAGUUCAGCCUCCGUCCAUCGGGGGCGCUGCAGGUGUUCAGAACGCAGCGACACUCGCGCAUGCGCAGUGUGUUCCACCAGCGGCAGUAUGGCGGCCUGUUUGGACAGAUGAAGGCAGUGAAAUCAGAGCUGAUCUGAGAUCAGGGRCAGAUGGAUUCAGUCCAGGAGCGACUGGCCGAGUUCUCCCUCGAGGCUCGCGAACUUUACCUGAACAAAUCGGUGCCAUAUGUGGACGGAGCGCCGGAGCCGCUGCAGUUCUACCGGGACUGGAUCGGACCGAACAAGCCCUGCAUCAUCCGGGACGCGUUGAGCCACUGGCCGGCUCUGUCCAGGUGGACUCCGGACUACCUCAGGGAGAAGUUGGGGUCAAAGGUCAUCAGUGUGGCCGUGACUCCUAACGGCUACGCAGACACCGUCUCAGGCGAUCGGUUCUUGAUGCCAGAGGAGCGACAGAUGAGCGUGUCCUCUGUGUUGGACAUCAUCGAGGGAAAGGUGCAGAAAACUGGAGUCUUCUACGUCCAGAAGCAGUGCUCCAACCUGCUGCAGGAGCUGCCCGAGCUCAUGGAGGACCUGGAGGCCCACAUCCCCUGGAUGAGCGCAGCGCUUGGAAAACAACCAGAUGCUGUGAACUUCUGGCUGGGAGAGGCCAGCGCCGUCACGUCCAUGCACAAAGACCCGUAUGAGAACCUGUACUGUGUCAUCUCUGGAGAGAAACACUUCCUCCUGCUGCCACCCACCGACAGACCCUUCAUCCCCUACGGUGUGUAUAAGCCAGCUGUCUACCAGCAGCAGGAGGACGGGGGGUUCCAGGUCCUGGAUCAGACUGACUCUCAGAAGGUUCCUUGGAUCCCUCUGGACCCCCUGGACCCAGACCUGGAGCGGUACCCUCAGUACCAGCAGGCUCAGCCACUGCGGUGCCGAGUGAAGGCUGGAGAGAUGCUCUACCUGCCGUCUCUGUGGUUCCACCACGUCCAGCAGUCACACGGCUGCAUCGCAG